AAUUGGAAACGUCCUUUACACCCACCCGAUGGCAUCCAAACCCCACAAGAAAGAAAGCUGACCAAGAAAGCAACAUCUCUCAGGGGCAAAAUGAUCAUUUCACAAAGAAACACGUGUCAGCACAUCAUUGGAGUAACUCGCUCCAACUCCGCUGUCGCGCAUGACCGCCAUCAUGAUAUUACGGAAAAAGUAAAGCCACCGUUUACCGAGAGAGAGAGAGAGAGAGCAAGAACCGAAAUAUAGAGAGAGAGAAGAAUAUCUCAGAAACAUUUUCCCGAAUUCUUCUCUUACCACCAAUCUCACACCUAAAGAUUGUUCUUCCUCUUCUUUCUCCCUAGAUCUUCUGAUUCACUUCCCCUUCUCAAGUUUCAGCCAUGGCUAACGCGGCAUCGGGUAUGGCUGUUCAUGAUGACUGUAAGCUUAAAUUCUUGGAGCUGAAGACCAAGAGAACCUACAGAUUCAUUGUAUAUAAGAUUGAAGAGAAGCAAAAGCAAGUCACUGUGGAAAAGGUUGGCGAGCCAGGUCAAAGCUAUGAAGACUUCACAGCCUGUCUUCCUGCUGAUGAAUGCCGAUAUGCCGUUUAUGAUUUUGAGUUUCUGACAGAAGGGAAUGUUCCCAAGAGCAGAAUUUUCUUCAUUGCUUGGUCUCCUGACACAUCAAAGGUAAGAAGCAAGAUGAUCUAUGCAAGUUCGAAGGACAAGUUUAGAAGAGAAUUGGAUGGCAUUCAAAUUGAGCUCCAAGCUACUGACCCAUCUGAAAUGGAUCUCGAUGUUUUUAAAAGCCGUGCUAAAUGAGGCUUCCUCGUUUUCAAACUUCUUGUGGUGUCUGUUUUACAUUGUGAAAUGAUGUUAUUAAUUGCUGGGUUUAUGGAUGUGCUUUGAUUACACAUUGGGUUGUUUUUAAGUUUUGUCUUAUAGAAUUGUGUCCAUCUGGAACAAUCUUCGGUCAUUUUCCCCCUCCUUAUAUUGUAUGAUUUAUCGUGUGGAAUUAAUGCAAUAUCUCCCUAUGUAACGCUA